CUCCUGCUUCUCCGCAAGUGUUGACUUUUCCUCAGGUGAAGAUAUGUUUUAAACGCAGGGGGAGGAGGGACGCUUUUGUUCUGCAGAAAAAGGGGGCUUGUUCCUCGCAGAUCGCCCUUCCAUUUUAACCAGGGGUGUGAGUGCGAACAAGGGGUUGACAUUGGAGCCUGCGAUGGGAGUAGAGGAGGGGAGACGGGAGUCGCCAGUCCUGCACUACCGAACACUGAAGCAACAUCACCCGCUCUGAACGCACGGGACGCGCACGUUAUCCACCACGCAAAAGCCAGAUAUAAACUCUCUACAACAGGAUACACUGGAUGAUAGCGAUUGAGGAUUCUCUGAAGGAAUUACAAAGAGAUAGCAAUCUGCAGCAAAUUAACUGUCAUCUUCAUUGGCUUCGGAUGACCUUGCAUUUGUAUCCUUAUUAUUAGGACACUCAUCCAGCGCUUUCUUUGCCAAAACUUGAAUGCACCUCUCUUCUAAUUUUUGAAGAGCGACCGACACAAUUGCAACCGACACCAGUGUUUCACACAGCUUACCUUUACCAAAUAACCUCGAAUUUGGAACACUGCAAGCCCUGUGGUCUGUAUUUAUCGAAGGAACAAUCAACACAAUCAACAUGCGACGCCUCCCUUCCCGGUUGAGUUAUCUGUUCCUACACUUCUUCGCAUUCUGUUACUAUGCUCAGGUAACCAAUCAGUCCUCGCCUAAUUUCACGCAGCAUGUAAGCGAGCAGAGCAAGGUGACAGACCGUGUGAGCCGCAGGUUAAUUCGGACCUAUCAACUUUACAGCCGAACCAGCGGGAAGCAUGUGCAGGUUCUGCCCAACAAGAAGAUCAACGCCAUGGCAGAAGAUGGAGACAUACACGCCAAACUCGUCGUAGAGACGGACACGUUUGGAAGUCGCGUGCGGAUUAAAGGAGCAGAGACAGGAUUCUACAUCUGCAUGAACAAGAAGGGAAAGCUGAUCGGGAAGAAAAAUGGGCAAGGCCGCGACUGCAUCUUCUCAGAGAUUGUCCUGGAGAAUAACUACACGGCGCUGAGGAACGCACGCUUCGAGGGUUGGUACAUGGCUUUCACCAGACGUGGACGCCCCCGGAAAGGCUCGCAAACACGGCAGCAUCAACGCGAGGUCCAUUUUAUGAAACGACUGCCUCGGGGAUCCAAUCCCACUCACCCGGCCCAGCACAAGGCCUUUGACUUCGUCCACUACCCCUUCAGCCCCAGGACUAAACGCACACGCUACUCACCCGAAGGCUGAGGGGGGCAGAGAGGGUGAGACAGAGGAUAAAAAACAAUGACUGAAGCAAGAAUUAACUCCUUUCCAAAACCUCUAGAGACAUUUUUUUUGUACUGAGCGUUACUAUACCUAACAUGUAGUUUUUCUAUUUUUUUUCAAAAAGUACAUUUUUUAAAAGAAAAAACCCAUAACAAAUAUAUUUUUGUACCUGAUGCUUUUAGUACUGAUGUGUUGUUUUUAGAUGCACAUAACUCAUCAUCGAACAUUUGGGGUGCUGACAUUUUAGUAAAGUGUGGACUUUGUAUUGUCUCUCUGUAUUUUGGGUUGUGUUUUUGCUUUUGUUUGACUGUUCAGAGUCGUUUGGACUCACACCUGCUGCUCCAAGAGACUUGAAGGGCCCUGAUCGACCGCACUGCCAGAAAAUGCUGCGUUCAGAGACACAUACAGUACAUACACACACACACACACACAGCAUCGAUGCUGCAUUCAGGAGCGCCAUGUUGAGUAACGUUGUUGUUCAGUAUCACACACAGCCACAACACCUCUGUUGAACGCUGUGGUGUGACCUUGCUACUGUGGGAAUUCUAUAGAGACAAACGCUGUUAAAGCAAACAGUGCUUUAGGUACACACAAUGGAAAAUGUGGCAGCUAUAUUGAUAAUCACAGGUUUCCUGCAAUGGUUAUAACUGUAAAUUAGAGGUGUAAAAAUGCAUUGAUAUGUCGGAAACCCCCUUUGUUUUUGUUACCCUGUCUGCUUUUAUACAUAUAUAAAUCUAUUUUUAUUUUAAGGAUGUGUACAAAUAAUUUUAACGAUGGAUUAUUUAUUUAAAAUGUGUAAUAAAUGUACAUUAGAAUACUGAUAUUAAA